GCGAAUACUGGAUCGACCCCAACCAAGGCUGCAACCUGGACGCCAUCAAGGUCUACUGUAACAUGGAGACGGGUGAGACGUGCGUCUACCCCACCCAGGCCACCAUUGCCCAGAAGAACUGGUACCUCAGCAAGAACCCCAAGGAGAAGAAGCACAUCUGGUUCGGCGAGACGAUGAGCGACGGCUUCCAGUUCGAGUACGGUGGUGAGGGCUCCAACCCAGCCGACGUCGCCAUCCAGCUGACCUUCCUCCGCCUGAUGUCCACCGAGGCCGCCCAGAACAUCACCUACCACUGCAAGAACAGCGUCGCCUACAUGGACCAGGACACCGGUCCGCUGCCCGGUGAGUGGUGCGGGGGAUGGUCGCGGUGGCGGCGGUGGGGACGCGUUGUGGGGACGGGGCUGAUCCCGACCUCCCCGCAGAGUCACACCGGCGCGUGGGGCAAGACAGUCAUCGAGUACAAGACGACGAAGACCUCUCGCCUGCCCAUCAUCGAUUUGGCUCCCAUGGACGUUGGCGCUCCAGACCAGGAAUUCGGCAUCAACAUCGGCCCCGUCUGCUUCUUGUAA